AUGUCGCCACCGAAAGACCAAAUGCAGUGGGGAGCGACCGGCGUGCAGACACUGCAAUUUGGUACCUUGAGGGAGAAGGUGGCGGAUUAUGAGAAACUAUUGAGAGAACUGAUAUCCAGGGUUGAUGAAGACGAUGCAGGAUUGAUUCGGGCAUCGCUCGAGAAGGAGUCGACUUACGAAGCCGAAGAAACCCCUACCGAAGGCACCACUGAAGCUGCCCGAAUUGGUGAUGCUGAGACAGAAGAGGAGGACUCCGGGGCUGAAUCUGAAGCUUCGGCGGGCGCUGGAUCCACGGGCGCACUCGAUCGAACUGACGAGGAUUUUACGCGCGAGCAGGCCAGGAUGACAGGCUUUAUGGGAAAGAACUCCGAGGUCACCUGGCUGCAGCGCUUGCGUGAACAGAACAAGUAUGGAGACGUGCAGCAAGAUCGGCAAGUCGGCGACACGCAAAUACCUCUUUCGGAAGCCGAGGCUGGUUUCACGGUCAAAGAAUCCAGUUACCACAUGGACGAUGAGUCGAUAUUCAUGUAUGAGGCCGUAGAUGCCUACGAGAUGCCGACGCCCGACGUUGCGGACCAUCUAUUCAAUGCAUAUAUGCAACGGGUUCACUCGUCCUUUCCCGUGGUCGGCAGGCUGAAUCUUACAACUCAGUUUCGAAGAUUCAUCAGCGGCACUGUGCAAAGACCCCCGGAAAAAUGGCUCGCCAUCCUCAACUUGAUCUUUGCCAUCGGCGCCAAAUAUUCACAUUUGAUCAAAGCCGAGUGGAAAGGCGAUGAGAGGGAUCACCUGAUCUAUUUCACCCGAGCUCGACUGUUGAGCAUGAAUUCUGAAACAAUCUUUCAUCAUCCGGAUUUGCAGCAGAUCCAGGUACUGGGCUUGAUGUCUUUCUACCUGCUGUGUGUGAGCCAAAUCAAUCGAGCAUGGAUACUGAACGGACUUGCUAUUCGAGGGGCUGGAGCCUUGGGUCUAAAUAUGCGCAAUGACAGCGAUGGCCUAAAAGAUUCCCUCAAAGAAAUCCGAUACCGACUUUGGUGGGCUCUCUACACCUUGGAACAUCGCUUGUGCAACAUGACGGGUCGAGUCAACUGUAUCAUGGAUGACCAUUGCACGACACCCCUGCCGAUUCCCCUGGAGGAGGAACAAUUCGAGACCGAAGAAGGUCAAAGACUGCUCAGCAAGGAAAUUCAACAAGGGGAUCGAGCCCCGUCCUCAAAUUCUCAAACCCCAAGUAUCGGAUCAACCCCUUCAACCGACCGCUCUCGUUCGCAGACCAAACUCGACUCGCGUUCACCUUCGAUGCCUGGAGGGAUCAGAUCUGGUGACUUGGAAUGGGCAAAGGAUGUUCAACCGAACUCUUCGCUCUACUUCCUCCACGCGGUACAAUUGGCCCGCCUGACGCAGAACAUCUUCCACAGUCUCUACAAUCCCGCCUCGAUCAAAGGAACGUGGUCAGAAGUUCAGGCCAAGGUCAAGGACCUCGACGAACGCCUCGAACAUUGGUAUCGCAAACUGCCCCAGGCUUUUGCUUUUCGACGGAACCAGCGCGAGCGCGGGUCUUACGAGUUCCGCUUGAACCUGGGCUUCUUUUACUACAGCACGAAGAUGACCAUCCAUCGGCCGUGCCUCUGUCGACUCGACCGCAAAAUUCCCGGGCAAUCGUCCAAAUCACUCGAAUUCAACCGCAAUUCUGCCGCGUCCUGCGUGGAGGGUGCCAUGGAUAUGCUGCAACUCAUUCCUGACAAGCCCAAUGCCGUUGGCCUGAUCCGGGUCGGUCCCUGGUGGAAUAUCGUUCACUGGCUGGUCCAAGCUACGACAGUAUUGAUGCUUGAAAUAUCCUUCCGAGUCAAUCACAUGCCAGAAGAAGCAGAGGCUAUUCUGGAAGCAUGCAAGAAAGGCAUCCGCUGGUUGCAUGCAUUAGCAGAAGACAAUGUGUCCGCCAGGCGUGCCUGGGCACUGUGCUUCACACUGUUUAAGGACUCCGUGAAGAAGAUCGGACGCGAUGUCGACGACUUGCCGUGGGAAGCUCCGGGAAAGCCUUCUCCUCCACGACAAGAUAUUUCCAUGGCAAAUUACUCCACCGUCAGCAACCCUCUGUCCUAUGUGUCGGCUCCCAGCGCGCCUUCCAUCUAUGGCACAAUGCCUGAUAUGCCGACUGCGCGAGCCUUUGCGGCGUUUGACCCAAUGAUGCGAUACGACCAAUAUUUCCCCCCAGAUAUGCUAAUGGACGAUCCGUCCAUGCAAUUCCAGCAGCCAACAGACGCGGAGAUCGAGUUUAUGAGUAAUGUCUACCACGAGGACCCGGGUCACCAGCAACCAGGUGGAGAGUCCAGUCGAGGACCCAGGAUGAAUUGA